CUUUCAGCACAAGGAAAUAUUUGCUUACAGUUUAUGAACUUUGAACAGAAAUCACAACUUCUGGUAUCGGAGAUUCUGAGAUCUGUUUCUGGCUGUGAAAAUGAAGUUUGAACUAAUUGUGGACGGACAUCCAGGAAACUGUACAGGGAUUUAACCAGUAGAUAACAAAAUAUUUUCUACAAGCAGCAAAUCUUUCUGGACAGAAACUGGCAGUGCUGAAUACUGUACUUUAAGUUUCGAUUCAUCAGCUGUGGAUAUGUCAGACGAAGGAAACUAUUACUACACUGCUGGCCAUAAGGAAAAACAGAUGAAAACUGUUUCUGCACAGUACACAGUUCCUGUAGGGUUCCAGCUCCCACCACUUGAUCAUUGGCAGUCACAUUGUUCCUUUAUUGAAGAAGUGAUAUGCAAAGUUCCUGGGAGUCUCCGAAUUCAUCCAGCUCUGUGGAGCAAGGAUGAUGUCAUUAACUGGCUGCGAUGGGCAGAGGAAGAAUACUCACUACAGAGAACAGAUGACAGCAAGUUUGUAUUGAAUGGAAGAGCCUUGUGCAUUCUUACAAAAGAUGAUUUUAAAGCCCGUUCACAAAGUUCAGGUGAUGUUUUGUAUGAAUUGCUGCAGUGCAUAAAGAAUCAUAGACAAGGGUUAACAACUAAUCCUUUCUUAAGCCAUUCAACAAGAAAAGGCGAUCAUCUGCAGCCUCAGACCUUCAUAAGCACAAAGAGUACCAAUUGCCCCAGAAAGACUCUACAACCAGCUUCUACAGACGUGAAUAACCAUCCGGAUGCACCUCUCAAUCUUUCUCAACAGCUCUACAAAACCCAACAAGAAUCUGCAAAACCUGGUGUUUGUGUAGAUGGAAAAAUAAAAGAUUGCAGACUACUGAGGGACUAUUUGUACCAACUGCUUGGGGAUCAGCGCUAUGAAGCCUACAUUAAGUGGGAAGAUAAAGAAUUAAAAAUCUUCAGAGUGAUGGAUCCAAACAAGCUUGCUGCACUGUGGGGAAAACAUAAGAAUCGUCCAAACAUGACUUAUGAGAAGAUGUCAAGAGCCCUGAGACAAUAUUACAAAAUAAAUGUUUUAAAAAAAGAAUCUGGACAAAGACUAACAUUCCGGUUUCUGAUAUCACCAAAAGAGAGAUUAACAUCAGAGAAGUUGCUUCAACUGGAAUGUGACACAUAUGAUUCUAACAUGGACAUAAUAGCUAUUUCACCUUGAGAUGUUUGGCAUAGGGGAGUAUUUCUAUCUCGUAAUUUCCAAGUAUAACAAAAAAUAAUGCAGUAAUUUGCUGUUCAAAGAACAUAAAUAGAUACUGUAUUUAGAUUUGGCUGUUACUAAACUGUCAGGAGAUUCGGAACAUGAAUGUGCAGCUGACAAAUCUGCAGCAACUGUAUGAUGCUAUCAUUUCAUCACAGACCUGAAUCUCUAAAGAACUUUUCCACAAUCUUGUUGAAUGUGAUAAAGAUGGAAGCCAUAUUUGUUCAUAGGACUCCAUUUUAUAAUUGACAUCUUACAAGCUGUUUCCAAAUUGUUAUUCUCCAGCUUAGAAUUGACACAGGAAAGAGUGUAGACCUGUACUUUGUUUGAACCCACAUUGUGAAGUUAUGACCUUUAUCUAAGAUAUAUUUUACGGUAAUUUCCUAGCAGAAAUAUAAUGUCAGCAGCUAGACAUGUGAGCUUCAAAGGGUAUUUGUCAGUUUGCGGUACAGCAAGUGUAAAAAUAUAACCAGACAUAUGUAGGUUUCGAAGUUAGCAAAAACCCCCUAGUUAUUCCACUUAAGAGCACAUAUAAAAAAUAUAGAUGUUGGCAAACAUAUUACGUAUAAGAUAGAAGUUUUAUUAGCCAAUAGGAUUAAGCUUCGUGUCAGGAAUCGACGACACAAUAUGUUAAUUGGUAUCACUUUAUAAUGUACUGCUGGUAGGAAAUAAAGCUCUCUGCUCUAUUACUUUCCACUUAAUACACGUGUGGCUAGUUAUUACAAAGGUUAUUUUGUUGACUGGUCACUGGCUGCAGCCGUGUAUGAACCCGAUGCUGACUGACUGAAUGCGUGCUUGAACUUGGUUAAACAAAGGGUGCCCUUUCCUGGGGAUCCCUUUAUCAAUAUGGAGGUUCCUAAUCUGAGAUCCCAUAUCACUUGUUGAACAGCGGACGACUGAGCGGACGGUUCCUGGACUGAGACUCAAAACCCAUGCAUGGUACGUAGAGAUAUUUCUCUGUAGACUCUCAUUCCAUUAACUAUCCAAUCUGCUCUGCUGGGAGACAGGCAUCGGGAUCGCACGAACAAAGUUCACUCAGUAAACAGGUUUUUCUCAUUUUCAUUCUAUCUCUUGCUUAUAUGUGCUUAUAUAUGUGUUAUAAAGGCGUAACAAUGAAUGAAUGUGGAAGUAAAUGAAUUCUGAGUAUUUAGAGUGUGUCUGCAUAUAACCAACUGAUGGAUUGUUACACUAAACGUUAUUGCGACCACUGUCUUGUUUUGUCUUAUAUUGAGAUUUAAAAUGUAGUUUAAGUUUGUGUUACUGCAGUCUAUAUGUGUAGGAUAUUGUAAAAAGACUCUAGAAAUAAGUCAGAGUUAUGAAACAGACAUGUCCCCUUUGUAAGUGUGUAGUACUCUUAGUAAAGGCACACCACGAUCAGAAAUUGUAUUUACAUUAUAUUUGUAAUCCAGGAGAAUCACCCUUAUUCUCUGAACCGUGGGAAGAGGGGUUUAACAUUUUUGUACCAAUACAUUGUCAUUUUAUUCUUAAAGUAAGAAAUAUUGGAAAGGAUUGGUCAGAUAUACUGUCUGAAUUGGAAGGUUCAAAACAAUAUAUUGUACACAAUAUAAGAGUCUAAAUUGUACUCACGGUAGAAUAUCAUUGCAUCUGACUUGCAUACUUUGGUUGCGAGAUACAGUACGUCCUGUUGCUUUAAAAAUUAUAACGUACAGAGUUUAAGAAAAAAAAACAGGAACGGAAGCCGUUUAAAAAAUAAAUAAAUUUUUCUCUCUCUUCCGUGAGCUGUAACCACAGACUGCUGUGAGCACUGAAUGCAAGUUAAAUUUCCUGUCAGGAUUGUGUCUGCAUAGUUAUCAUACAUAAGUUAGGAGAAGGAUAUUCAUUUAUUUUAAAAGCCAUAGUGUAUACCGCAGAAGAAGGGGUUUGGGAAAAAUUGGUUACAGAUCACCUCUGUUUCAGGCAAUUUUCCUCACAGUUAUAUCUCUGAGGAUCCGUUAGAUCCAGGCUACUGAUGUUUCCCGGAUUUUAUUGAAUGCUUACUGGCCAUAAGUAUUGGGAAAUACAAAUACUUAUCCUUCGGAUGAAGCACCUCGGAGUGCCAUGGACAUUAUGAAGAAUGUACAUGGUGAGCAAUGCUUGAAGGGUAUGAGACGAUUGUUUCAAUGGGCAAAAGUGACUACUUCUGGCACUAGACCCGGAUAGGUUGAAACAAAUUAUAGUAACCUAUGGGAGAUAUGUGAAGGAUAAUAAUCUGAAACAGAGUCUUGAUUUGUGGAUUAAAACAGGUAAAUUACUUCAGUAUAAGAAAAAGUUAAAGAGUUAGGACAAACUCAAGAACAAAUGGCUCUAACUAAUAUGGAUGAUUUUAAAGAUGCAGACAUAUCUGGACAGGAAACAAUGAUACAUAGAGGUCCCAAGAAAACCAAAGGGUAUCCGUACUGGGCAUGUCCAAAUUGUAGACAUUGUAACCCACCAGAUGAUACAGUAUGUCCAAUUAGUCAAACACCUUGGUCCUAUAAAUGUAAGCCCUGUAAAGAACCAAAUGCAGGUUGAGUAUCCCAUAUCCAAAUAUUCCGAAAUACGGAAUAUUCCGAAAUACGGACUUUUUUGAGUGAGAGUGAGAUAGUGAAACCUUUGUUUUUUGAUGACUCAAUGUACACAAACUUUGUUUAAUACACAAAGUUAUUAAAAAUAUUGUAUUUAAUGACCUUCAGGCUGUGUGUAUAAGGUGUAUAUGAAACAUAAAUGAAUUGUGUUAAUGUACACACACUUUGUUUAAUGCACAAAGUUAUAAAAAAUAUUGGCUAAAAUUACCUUCAGGCUGUGUGUAUAAGGUGUAUAUGUAACAUAAAUGCAUUCUGUGCUUAGAUUUAGGUCCCAUCACCAUGAUAUCUCAUUAUGGUAUGCAAUUAUUCCAAAAUACGGAAAAAUCCCAUAUCCAAAAUACCUCUGGUCCCAAGCAUUUUGGAUAAGGGAGACUCAACCUGUGUUAGGAAAUCUGUUAAAUCUAAAAAGUUAAUCAGUAAAUGGUUGCCAGUGUUAAAAAAAUAAAAGACCUACUAAUUAUACCUGAAGAUGUGCAUGCCACAGACUAAUAUAUUGGUAGACUAAAAAUUGUACAGCAUGUAAUGUCAAGAGACCAAAAAUGUCUCCAAAAUUUUUUUUUUUAUGUAUGGUCUCAAGCUUGGCAUCUGCACCUCCAGUGUAUAAUUUACUUAAAAAUUUGGUCCCUGCAAACUAUAUCCGGUGUACACAUAAGAUGCUGUCACACCUGGUGUAGUUGCUGACGGACCUAAUCCAGCGCGCCAAAAGUUGCGCUGAACCACUGCAUGAUAUAAAAAAAUUCAGAACUGUUAACAUAACAGUUACAGAACUCCCUGAUGUUAAACAACAAUUUAUGAAAUUCAUUAAACAUGUAAAAAAAAUAAAAUAAAAAAAAAUAAUUUAAACCUAGAAAUAAAAUCCAAAAAGGGUUAUAAGUUUUCUGGAUCCUGCUUAGUGAUGGACAAUUGGACUCAGGUGGCAUGGAAAUGCAAACAUAAAACCAGCUGGUAGUAAUCUAUUCUUUACUUCUUUUUUGCCUUCCCAUGUGGGCUGGUCUGGUCCGUCAUUAGGUAAAACUGAGGUCCAAAAGUCUCAGUUUCAGGCUGCUUUUGUCUCUGAAACUGCAUGCUUAUCAAAUUGUGUAAAGAAAUUAUUCAUAAAUUGUAGUCAGUGUGUUUGCACUUUGCUGUCAUUUUGUGCCACAAAAUAGCAAAAUAUAUAGUCUGUAAAUUAGAUUGGUAAAUAUGUAUUGAAUCAGUGGCUACAAAUGACUUAUAGACUUCAAUGGAAGUGUGUAAUAUAAUGUAUUAUGUAAGUUCUAAUGGUUUAUCAUUAAACUCCAGCUAACCCCUGUUCGGAGUUGGGAGAGUGCUGGCUCACUCUCAGUGUUUUAUUUGUGUGUGUAAAAUAGUAUUAUCUUAAUAUAAAGUUUUGGAUAAAUAUAAUAAAAUGUGUUGUGGCCAAAUAAAUAUUGCCCCAGCCAAUAGAAAAGGGCUGUCAUAAGACUACACAUAUAACAUGUAUUUGUAUAAAAAAAAAAAAAAAUCUCCACAGUAAAAUUAAUAUCUCUGUGUCUAAAACAGUAACAGUUCAUAGUCAAAUAAUUAGAAACAUGUUACAGAUGUAAAAAAAUAUUUUCUUUAAUGUACAGCUCGUUACUGUUCCAGUUACAGUGUGUAAUGAAAUGUCAAAGAAUCAGGAAGUGUUUGGGUAACUGUUACAAGGGGUGGGGCCAAGUGAUGAGGUAAACUAGGUAUGAGAAGUGGGCAGAACUGUAGUCAUAGUCCAUACCCCUAAGAUAGAAGUCUGCCCUCAUGAUACAAUUACAUUUACAUGGUAUAAAAUCAAGAUUGUAACUGUAAACUGUAACAAUGCAUAAAUGAUACCUCUGAAAGAUGUUAGGUUAACAUACAUUAACAUUGCAUUACUGCUGAUGCUUGGCAUAUAACAGUAAAGAAGGGAGGUUUAUUUUAGAAAUAUCUCUAUGACGCACCUUACAACAGCUUAAGUCAUUUCUAGAAUUAAUCACCUAUUGUACAAAAUACAUUCCAAGGGCAUCACAGAAAACUAAGUUUUAUAUGAUGCCAUCAAAAGAACAACAAGUGUAAGGUAUUUUUUAAAUAAAACCCAAAUGGCAAAACUUAUUGAUAUUCAUAUAUUAAAAAAAGAAAUGUAGGGUACAUAGAAAUAAGUUAUAAUAUGCACAAAACAAAGUACAAUUUCUAGAACAUUGCAUUUCUGCUUAUAGUAAGCAUAUCACUACAAAAAGGAGGAAAAUUAUUUCAAAGGUUAAACCUCCUCAAACAUGUUCCUUUUAGGACUGAUCACUUAUUGCAAAGAGUGAAUUGUAGGCGCAUCACAAAAACUACUAGUGUUACAUGAUGCCCUAAAGGGACAAAAUGCACAAGGUGCAUUACUCACGACACAAGAACAGCAAAAUGCUUUUUGUCAGCUAAAAACAGACAUAAUAUCAGCACCAGCAUUAGGACUUCCUGAUUAUGCAAGGCCUUUCAAUUUGUUUUGUUGUGAAAUUUUAGGCCAUGCGCAAGAAAUAUUAACGCAGGUACAUUGUGACAAGCAGCGACCCCUAGCGUAUUACUCAGUACAGUUAAACCCAGUCAUACGGGCAGCACCAACAUGUGUCAAGUCAGUAGCAGCAGCAGCGUUACUGUUAGACAAGGCUGCUGAUAUUGUUCUGGGUCAUCCCUUAACUGUACAGGUGCCUCACUCAGUGACUGAAAUUCUGAACCAAGCACAGACUAAGCAUUUAUCUGCUGCUAGGCUAACCAAAUAUGAAGUAGCAUUGCUUACACCAUCCAAUGUCACUAUCAAACGUUGUACUUAUUUGAACCCAGCUACAUUAUUGCCGCUGGUUUCAAAAGAGGGGAAUGGUGCGAGUGAUGAUGAAAUGACAGGCACAGAAAACCAAUCAAAUUUUUCAAUUUCUAUACACGAUCAAGAACAUGAUUGUAUAGAAUUAAUGAAUCUUGAAGCCGCAAGUACACCAGACAUACAGGAACAUCCUCUACUAAAUGCAGAUUUACAUUUAUUUGUGGAUGGCUCCAGGUACUAUGUGGAUGGGGAACCGAAUACAGGUUUUGCAGUUACCACAGAGACAAACAUCUUAAUACAAGAACCCUUGCCAUCAGGUAGUACAGCACAGGAGGCAGAACUUAGGGCAUUAAUAGCAGCCUAUAUUUAUGCUAAAGGUCAAACAGUUAACGUUUAUACAGACUCAAGGUACUGCUUUGGUAUUGCCCAUGACUAUGCAGUUAUCUGGAAGAGCAGAAAUUUUAUAGGCUCUUCAGGAAAACCAAUAAAACAUGCAAACUGUAUUAGGGCAUUAUUUGCUGCCUUUCAAUUGCCAAAGAAAUUAGCAGUUAUAAAGGUCAAAGCACACAAUAAAGAGGAUACUGCAGAGGUCAGAGGAAACGCUCUAGCCGAUCAGGCUGCAAAAGCUGCAGCAGUCCAGCCUCUGCCAAACACUCAGGUGAUGUUAACUGUCACACCAGAGUUAUUAGACUUACAGUUAUUGUGCAAAUUACAAGCACAGGCCUCAGGCAAGGAGAAAAAGGAUUGGGAAAAAUUAGGUGGGCGAAUACACGGUGACAGAUGGAUGGUGGAAAACCGUAUCUGUUUACCACGCUCACUUUACCCAGUCUUAGCACAAAUAUUGCAUAAAAAAAAAACCUCACCAAUCCAGAGAUGCAAUGGUGAGGAUUCUGAACCAGCAUUGGGUGGCACCAGGUUUCACACAAGCAGCACAGGCUUAUGUUGCAGGGUGUGUAACUUGUGCUUUACAUAACCCAGGAAAGGUUGUGAAGGUACCAGCAAAAAGUACCCCGCAAACCUGCUACCCCUUUCAGCGAUUACAAAUAGACUUUAUCCAGUUACCUAAAUGUUCUGGGUAUAAAAAUGUACUUGUGUGCAAAGAUCUAUUUCCAAAUUGGGUCAAGGCUUGGCGUUGUAAAGCAGCAAACGCCAAAAACAGUUGCAAAGAAGUUAAUGCAAGAAGUAAUAUGUAUUGUUAAUAUGGAGUACCUUAAGUUAUUGAAAGCAACAGAGGUACCCAUUUCACAGGAGAAGUAUUAGGCAAAAUUCUGUCAGAUUUAGGUGUUACUCAGGCCUUUUACACUCCCUAUAGGCAAAGUAGUAAACAUGUAGAAAAACGUAUCUAUUACCUUAAAACUAAAGCUAUAAAAAUAAGUUACAGAAACAGGCAAAACAUGGCUAGAAGGUUUACCCAUUGCUCUGUUCUCACAAAUACUUCAAGUGAAAAGCAUGGGUUAAUACCAUAUGAAAUCUUAUUUUGGUAUUGCUGCUAGGACAGUAUGCUAUUUUCCACAGCAACUGCAACAUGAGCAUGGUAACUUAACUUAUUAUGUAAUGCAUAUAUAAAAGCAACUAACCAAAUUGCACGGCAAAGUUUUUGAUUCUAUUCCAGACACCAACUGUUCCCAAGUCUCACAUGAACUAAAGCAAGGUGAUUGGGUGGUCACUAAGAAAAAGAAAGUCUCUUGAACCCAAAUUCAAAGGACCGUUUUAAGUUCUGUUGACUACCGCCACUUCAGUCACGUUGAGUGAAAGAAACUCGUAAAUAAACGCAUCUCAUUGCAAGAAAGUGACAAAGGAAGUAUUAUCCAAUCACGAUACAUAAUCAAAAUAUAUAGAUACAAUUUAAUAGGCCCCAGGCCAUAUAAGGGUCUAGGGGAUGUAUAAUGUGUUAGUUAGUUCUUCUUGUUAGCAUGAUUAUUCUUAUAUAAACAGUAAUGAUUGAACCUUACUUAUAUAAGGAGUCAAGUGAUAGUGCAAUAAUCAGUAACUAUGCCAAAUAUAACAGAACAGAAGGGAAUACACAUAGGAUGUCAACAAUUACCCAAGUAAAAACAAAUAGGCAUAGAAGAUGCUAGUCAUUGAAUGUAAAACAGGACCAAUAUAAACAGUUGUCACCUAUUGUUUACUGUAUCUGCAGGCUAGUAUGUCACUUUGCAGACCGUCUAUGAAGUAAAAUGUUGUACUUAUUUAAUAAAUUAUACUAGCCCAGAAGAUAUUAUUGAUGAAAAGAUAAAUGAAGUAAUACAGUUGAAAAAUCAGUUCGCUACUAAUCAUAAUUAUACCAGUGUAUUUCCAGAUUCUUUCUUUUCUUGGUUUUAUAAACACUAUACAACCAAUUGCUUUUCAGGAAUAUUAUCUAUUGUUGCUAAGGGACUUGUUUUGCUAUUAAUUGCAUAUUUUAAGACUUAUUAUGUGAAUACUGACACUAAAAUGUUUUUCUACCUAAGGCAUUGCUGAAACUGCUAAACCGCAACCAAUUUAUAUGAAACUUAUUGGAAGAGCUAUAAUAUAUAACUCCACAUCACACUACUGUGAAAGCUGCCAUACAAGAUACUCAGAAGCUGUCCCUACUGUUAUGAUGAUGUGAUCUAAAGAAACUUUGCUGUCACAAUAUUGAGUCAAAAAGACUUUCAAGGACUAUUGAGCAAGGACUAUGAACAUUAUAAUGAUUCCAUCCUCAAAAGACUCCUCUGCUUUAUGAACUUUCUCUUGUGGUUAGGGAUAAGAGAAUAGGGAACAUUGGUUCUACCCGAGUAUAGGGAUGUUGAAUGGACUAGCCCAUGCCUGGAGUGCCCCUAUGGUACACCAGUCGUGAAAGCAGGUGUCCCUAUAGAAUCAGUGACCAGGUAAAGGAAGGGUAAAAUAAAAUUAGAAUCAAAGAGGGGAAGUUGAUAAAGAUGGAAGCCAUAUUUGUUCAUAGGACUCCAUUUUAUAAUUGACAUCUUACAAGCUGUUUCCAAAUUGUUAUUCUCCAGCUGAGAAUUGACACAGGAAAGAGUGUAGACCUGUACUUUGUUUGAACCCACAUUGUGAAGUUAUGACCUUUAUCUAAGAUAUAUUUUACGGUAAUUUCCUAGCAGAAAUAUAAUGUCAGCAGCUAGACAUGUGAGCUUCAAAGGGUAUUUGUCAGUUUGCGGUACAGCAAGUGUAAAAAUAUAACCAGACAUAUGUAGGUUUCGAAGUUAGCAAAAACCCCCUAGUUAUUCCACUUAAGAGCACAUAUAAAAAAUAUAGAUGUUGGCAAACAUAUUACGUAUAAGAUAGAAGUUUUAUUAGCCAAUAGGAUUAAGCUUCGUGUCAGGAAUCGACGACACGAUAUGUUAAUUGGUAUCACUUUAUAAUGUACUGCUGGUAGGAAAUAAAGCUCUCUGCUCUAUUACUUUCCACUUAAUACACGUGUGGCUAGUUAUUACAAAGGUUAUUUUGUUGACUGGUCACUGGCUGCAGCCGUGUAUGAACCUGAUGCUGACUGACUGAAUGCGUGCUUGAACUUGGUUAAACAAAGGGUGCCCUUUCCUGGGGAUCCCUUUAUCAAAUGCAUGUCAUGAAAAAUUCAAGCUAAUCUGUGCAAAUGGAAUGUAAAAUGUGUGUAAAAAUAUCUUUAUGUUUCUGUGAAUAAAUAAUGAGUGCUGGAUGUUGUUGAUAA